AUGUUAAAUUAAAUAAAAGACAAACCACUUUCUUAGCUAAUACUUGAACUAUAAUAAAAAUACCAAGAGGACAAUGAAUAAUCAGACAUAUUUUAAUAGUUUUAUUAGAAGAAAUAGGAACAGGAGAGUUCAACAGAUUCAUCUCACUUUGUGCCUGCAUUGCUUUCGGGGACUACUGGCUCUUAAUCUUCAAAUUCUCAAGAAAAUAAUAACAAAAAUUAGGCAUGCAAAAAAGGUAUAAAAAAGGAAAAGAAAUAGAAAAAUACUGGAAAGGGAAUCUAAGAUAAGAAAUAAGAAUUACCUCAAACAAACGAUAAAAAGACUGUAUAAAUGAUCAAAAAUAGAAUAUCAGCCUAAAAUUCAAGAGAUAGAAAGAAAGCUUAUUUAUAAAAAUUGGAAGAAGACUUUGUCAAUUAAUCUGCUCAAUUAAACGAAAUGCAUGAACAAGUCAAUCAAUUAUAAUAAUAAUUAGAGGAAGCUCAUAGAGUAAAUUAACAGUUACAACAAUAAUACUCUGUUUUGACUUGCUUGAAUUGUGGUAGUAGAAGUUUUGGAUUUGAUGAUGAAGAUCCAAUUUUUGUCUCAAAGAAUAAAAGUCUUGGAAAAUUAGGAUUAUCAUUUUUGUUUAUCGUUGCACUCAUUGCAUGCAUAUCUAUUGAUUUAUAUCCUUAAACACAAAAUUUAAAGAGAAUUGAUUUUUAAGAAAACUAGAGUCGAAAUUUAAAUGCUAAUGAUAGUCAUUUUCAGAUCUUUGAUCAUGUUUCAUAAAGUAGAAUAAGAGGUAUGACUGAAAUUAUGGAAUAUAAUUCAGAAUAUAAUUAUAAGUUUUUUGAUACCACAUACAGAGCGAUUUUACAAAGUGAUGAAAGUUUAGUUAAUGGAUUGAUUAAUUUUAACAAAGAAAGGGUUAAAAAUAAUAAUGGGAAAGCUUUGGCUCCUCUUAAUUAUCAUAAACCAUUAGUUGAUUCUCUCUAUUGUCCUACAAUAUAUAAGUACUAAAAUCAAACAUAGGGUAUUUAAGUGCAUUACCAAGAUAAACAAUGGCUUCAUUUGAUUAUUCCAAAGAAUAGAGUUAAAAUCUUUAUUUAAAAUACUGAUAAUUCAAUCGUUUUAAAGGAAAGCUUUACUGAAUCCAAAAAUGAACAUAGACAAAUAUAUUAAGAAAUUUGGUGUUAAAUAAAGAGCGUCAGUGAUUUCUUUAUUUGA